AUGGAUAUUGAAAAUGCCUACAUGAAAAACAGCACUGGCAUUGGGGCAAUGGGAAACCUCGCGUUGACUUCUCAGUUUCCGCAGCGGCCCAGCCAUGGGAUACAAGGGAAGCGCAUUGCCGUUUACGCCAACUGCAUCAAAGUUAUUGCGGAGUCGAAUUUGAGCCUGACUCGAUACAACAUCGAGGCAACCUGUCUUCCACCCGGGAGGAAACUGCGUAGUGGGGGUCGUGAGAACCUCUCGGCCACUAACCCCGAUCCUACUUUUCCUGGCAAAGAAGAACUCCUUCAUGCGUUGAACGCCGUUCUAGCACACUACCUUGCAGCGCAUGACACUGUAACCACUAUGGGCGGGAAUAAGCACUACUCCAUCAGCAGAAGUCAGCAGAACGCAUACAACAUCUGGCCUAGAGGUCGUGGCAUCGAGGCCUUUCGCGGGUUUUAUCAAAGUGUUCGUCCUGCAACCGGUGGUCUCCUUCUGAAUGUGAACGUGACGAAUGGCAUCUUUCUCGAACUCAUCAGCCUUGAUAGACUUUUCCCUGCACUUGGAACUGGUAACAAAGCUACCCCACAGAAAAAGAUGAGGCUUGUACGAGUUAAAAUUACACGUAUUGCCCCCAAAAGGUCGAAAAAGACAGGCGAGGAAUUUCCCCGGAUCAAGACGGCCGCAAUGAGCCCAAUCAGCCCCAGGUCUCGGCUCACGGCGCAGGCCCAAAAGGUGUCAAGUUUGGAUGGGAGAUGA